GUGGCUGCUGCGGCUCCGGGCAUGCUCCGCUGCCGGGGCUGCAGGCGGGCUUGUCGCGCUGGUGCCCUGCCGGCCGGAGCCGCAGCGGCGUGGGGCAGCAUGAGGGAGCCACUCGUGCAUGUCCUGCCACAACGACCACCCCAGCAGUUGAGCUUGGAUGAGGCCGGUGCAUUAUGUACAGUGUAGAAGACCUCCUGAUCUCUCAUGGAUACAAGGUGUCAAGACAUGUUCAGGCACCCCACGAGGCUCACUAUGAGGAGCGCCAGCCAGCGAGGACCAGAGCGAGAGCGGGUCAUGGCCUGCUGAAUGGGUGUGAGGAUGGCCCUGCUGCCGUCCCACAUGGUAAGGCGUACCCGGGGACAGGACCCGGGACAGAUUCUGACAAGGGCCGCCAUGCACUGAGAGCCCACGGAGGGCCCCCGAGCGCCGCUGUGGCCAGGAUGUCUGAGGAGGGGUUUUAUCAUCCACCCAUGCCAGCGUGGUCCGCCCAGCACCAGGGCGGUCACAACCACGUCUAUUGGAGAAGAGGACAGGAAGCCAGUGGCAUGCGGGGUCCCAGAGACCGAGAAGACCUGGAGGUCAGAGGAGUGGCCCAAGCCCCCAGCCUGCCAGUCCACGUGAGGGAGGGUCCAUGGGAAGUUGGAGGAAGGACAGAGAAUGUGAUGAAGAAGGCGGUUUGGGAAGAUGAGCUGAGAGUGGCGGGUCCCGCCAAGUGGCGGAAUGUAAGCGUGGAAAGCUGGAACCAGCCGAGGAGGUUAGGAAGGCAGAUGUCUGAUGGUGACGGGGAGAAACUGUUUCAAGAUCUAUACCCUUUCAUGCGAGGAGAAACGGUGCUGAAUGCCCAGAGCAAAGGAAUCCGGUCAUUGCCUAGAGUUCUCUCGCCCCAGCUGAGCUGCACGGAAAUUCCACUAAGCCAUGGGCACUUACCAGGUGUCCCUAAAAUGCAUUUUACCCUCCAAAUUGUGCACCCAAAUUUGGAAUCCACAGGGAACCCCGAGCAGGGUGGCUCGUCAGCCCCUUUACCAUGGCCGAUUGGGAGACCCCUCAAGCCUCCAUCCUACGACUCCCACCAACACUCUAGGGGAGGAGUGGAGAACAGCGACUGUCUGGACAGCCAGCAGACAGACCCAAGUGACCCCUACUUGACCAGAACUAAUCACCCCCGGCAGGAGCUCGGCCUGCCCGACGCUGGUCUGGAGCCGCCCAUGUAUGUGCCUCCUCCAUCAUACAGGUCGCCGCCCCAGCACAUCCCAAACCCCUACCUGGAGGACGUGGCCCCCGAGCGGGUGUGUGAUGGUCGCCGUCAUCCGACUGAGGAGGCUGCGGCCAGCUAUCGGCUUCCUUCUGGCUCCUUUGCAACUGGGAACGAGGAUGGCGGGAGCCCACACUCUCCUCAGAGCUUCUCACAGCAGUCCCAUCCCAUCACUGCUUGCGACGGAUCCGUUCUCUACAUUCCCUUUGAUGACCCACGGAUACGACACAUUAAACUGUCCCGACCCCAGGGUUUCCGUGAAGAAACAAAGGUGGAUGAGAAAUUGCACAACUCCGGUCUGGUCUCUGCCCCCGAGCCAGCUCAUGGAAACAUGCACCGUGAUGGUGCCGUUUUGAACCCACGGAGCGUCAUGUCCCCAUCGGGGAGUAAGAGAGGCCCUGCCCUUGCCGACCCCAGUUCCCGGUGGCUGUGGGGCCAGCUCCCCGGGGAGGGAGAAAACGGCGGCUUUCCUGACCAAAGAGACCACUGUGUGAUGAGAGGACAGUGGCCUGAUGUGAGAGGCAGCCAACAUGGACAAGCAGAAAGCCAAGUCUCCUCCCCAAACCCACAGGGCGAGAGUACCUGCGAAACCCGAACCAAGCUCAAAAAGUUUGAAGCUGGGAUUCAGACCAAGAAAAGUUCAAAUAAAAAAGUGAACGAGACGAUAUUUUGUUUGGUUUCCAUCCCAGUGAAAUCAGAAUCACAUCUGCCAGAUACAGAUACAAACAACAAUGACUUAAAGCAGAGUACUGAUAAAAAGCAUGGGCCCGAUAAGAGCAUGGCCCUGCAAGAGCAGAGCCUGCUGAGCAUGUCUUCCACCGACCUGGAGCUGCAGGCUCUCACAGGAAGCAUGGCUGGGAGAACCGAGUUCCCAAAGCAAGAGCUGGGGGAACCAGGAGAAGGCAGACAAACAGAUGACCUCAGAUUCAUUCACCCCACGAAACACAGAGAACUCCAGUAUUCUGGCUCGUGGCCAGGGCACCAGUACAGAGAUCAGCAAACACAAACCACUUUCACGGAAGAAUCCAAAAGCCCGAAGCCCCUCCCUGCUGAGAAGUCAGAAGGGUCACCUAAUGCAGUGCUGACUCCCACAUUUCUAGACCCUACUGCCUCCAAAGCUCAGAUGCGCACGGCAUUGGCUUCCAGUGACCAGUACCAGAGGCCAAAUGCUCAUCACCUGAAAGGUCAACUGUCCCUCAACCUUUCUAGCCACAGUGCUUUCUCAAGGACUUCCUUAUUCGCAAACCAGGCCCCUGUGCCAAAAGUGGGCCGGAGUCAGUCCUGCACAGAUGGCCAUGGACGUGGAGCCAGCCCCACAUCCAGAAGCGAGGUGGUGAAGGGGGCAACCACAGGUCCAUGCAAUAGUCAGCAGCUGUUUGGGCAGUUUCUUUUAAAACCAGUCAGCCGUCGCCCCUGGGAUUUGAUAAGUCAGUUAGAAAGUUUUAACAAGGAGCUUCAGGAAGAGGAAGAGAGCAGUCACAGCAGCAGUGGCAGUGAGGACAGUGAGACUGAAUGGCAGCCAGCGGGCCAUGCUGAUGGCACAGCCAAGAGCUUGGGCUUCAGUGAAGACAGCCAGGAAAGGAGGGCGGAGGGACCGCCAAGGAGGCUGGUGCUGGGGGAGCCUGUGUUCGGGUCGGGAAGGGUGAAGAGUAAGUCCGAGAGUUGGAGUGAGGAGCAGAAGCCUGCCACCUGCCACCAGGGUGCUUAUCCGCAAUACCUGGGCCCCUCACGGGUGGAAGAUGGCAGGCGUGAAGCGUUGCCGUCAGCACAGGGGAGCUUGAUUGUGGAGAAGAGAAACCAGGAGGCUGGGAAAAGAAUAAAGGAGCUGGCACUCAGCCCAGGUCCUGUGAAAAGAAUGAUGUCUUCCGGGUCAAGUGACACAGCGUCCUCAUCCCAUCCCGCUGAACUGAGGGAGCCCCAGCAAAGGCAGGAACUCCCCAGUGUUUUAAGGUCUGUGGAGCUGAGCAAAGCAGCCCCUCCGAAACCUGGUGAUGGGGAGCACGGGGACACAGCGGUCCCACUCUCUCUCGCCAACAAACCUCGAGGACUCUCGGCCCCAGACCUGAGGUCUGUGGGGCUGACCCCAGCCCAAGAGCAGAGUGCCAAUGAGUUGGAUAGGUCUUCAGGUGAAGCGAGUGCAAUAGAAAUCCCCCCAAAUGAGUCCCUCCAAGCGAGGGCUGCCAGGAUCCUGGGCAUUGAGGUGGCAGUGGAGUCCCUGCUGCCGGGUGCCAGGGGAACGGGACAUAACCAGCACCUGGAGCAUGAUGGCAGUGCCUGGUCAGUGUCCCCUCAGGAGGAGCCGGUGGCCAGCCCAGCACAGCCGGAUGACCCCAGAGAGUCCACUGAUGCCUUUUAUGGCAGGAGAAAGUGUGGCUGGACCAAAAGCCCUCUGUUCGUAGGCGAAAGGGACAGUGCCCAACGGGCGCCCUGGACUUCUGAGUGCUCAGGUGUAGAUGGAGCCAUCCCCAGCAAAGCCCCCGACCCCGAAUCUCAGCCCAGUGCCCUGGAGUCCAAGCCCUUCAAUCACAAGGACACGGAGACAAAACCACCAUUCCGGUCCACUUUGUUCCACUUUAUAGAAAGGACUUCGAGUGUGGCAGGCUCAGAAAGGAGGCUCAGAAGUACUUCCAAAGUGAUUGAAAGUUUACAGGAGAAACUGGCUUCUCCCCCCAGGAGAGCUGACCCCGACCGCUCGAUGAGGAUGAAAGAGGUGAGCUCUAUGUCUCGGAUGAGGCUCCUGAGCUCCCGGAGCGCGGGCUCCAUGGAGGACACCGAGGAACUGAAGGCUGAGAGGGGCCCAGGGGCUCAGCCGGGAGGCCUGGCAUCUCUGACCACUGGGGACCUGGCCUGGAAGGCGGGAAGUGCAUUCUCUGUCUGCAGGGGUGCCCGCCCAGUGGAAGAGAAUGGGCAUCUGGCAGCAGGAAGGGAGAAGAAGAGCUUGGAUCAGGACUUCUGGUGCCCAGACUCGUACGACCCAAGCAGAGUGGAGAGGGUGUGAUGAGAUGGCAGUGAAGUGCCCUCCCGCCAUGUUUGCUGACUGCGUGUCCUGUGAUUUCGUCUGUCAGCCAGCUUGUCCGUGUGUCAGCUGGACACUGCUGGCUUGUAGUGCACUGUGACGUCCGUUACCACCGCUGCCAGGAGACUCCAUGCCUCCAGAGUCGCUUUGUGGAAGUAAAGGAGUAGUCUGUUGAAAUCACCUGUUUCUGUAACAUGAAGAGUUAAUACCUAUUUAGAAAAGAGUCCCAUAGACUCUCCUGCAUGAUGGAUUUAGCCACGCUGGUAAAUAGUUUGGUGUUAAUCUUGUUCUGUGACAAUCUGAACACGGACGACAGAGGGAAUGAUUUUGAAAAGGGCCGUGAAUGUCAUGAGUUCCCCGUCACAUCCCCAGGGCCUGUUGGUCCAUGCUCACAUGGAGGAGUGUGGGACGCAGGCAGUUUCCCAGUGUUUCUGCACUUUGACUUCAGGGGAAAUGUUGAACGAGCAUAUCUGAGAUCCAUUUCUAAUCAAUUUGGCCUUCUGCUGCUGGGAGUAACUUAACUUAUAAGUAACUUGCCAUCAGAGACUAAAAGCAUAUCUUUUUAAGUUUCUAAAAGAUUAAAACUUGCUAUAAUGUACUAAGAGUAUUAUUUAUCUGGUAAUGAAAUACUAGGAUCGUCUGCAAACAAUCCAUCAUCUGCUUUGCACUCAGUAUUAUCUAUCUAUUUUUAUUUCCUUAUGGACACUUAGAAAUUCUUUAUAUGAAAAAUAAUUGCUGGUUUGAAAUAGACCAUUUUAACAAAGUGACUAUAUUUCUUUUUACAAAAAUGCUAUUUUUCUAUGUUGUAAACAGUUGGUAGGUGGAAGAUUUAUCAGGAGUAUUAUUUUAUUUAAGAAUCUGUAUCCCGUUGUGUGAGAGGGACCCAGAGAGGGUUCGCCUUUGCUUUAAAGCAUAUACCCCUUAUCCAUUCACAAUUCUGCUAUUCCUAGUUUACCUUAGAAAAAGAUGUCAAUAGAGGACAUUUUACAGGGUUUAUCAAAUAAACUUUAACAAAAAAUUUUUUUACAAAUAUAGCUACAAGGUGAUAUAACCCUCUCAAACCAGCCAACAUCCUUAUGACAAUUUUUGCCGCCAUGUCCACUAGAAUUACCAAAAAGCAUAGUUUCAUCUCUGUAUAUCUACGGGGUUCUGCCCUGAGACCAUACUUUCCUCCCCUCGCCCCCUGUCCCUUUAAGAAAUAUGUAUUUUUGUCUAGAAUGAUCCUUAAUUAGUCUCUGCAUAUUUUUUAAAGUGCUAGAGACAUUUUAAAUACGCCAUUGCAAAAGUAUUAUGAGGCCUAUGUAUUCUACUGUGUUUACUAUUGCAUUAACCUGCACAAAGUUUAUGCAUUUGUUAUGCAUUUGCCUAUUCUUUCUAAGUAAGGUAUUCUCGUUAGCUAGCAUUUCCUGAAUACAUUCUUGUCUCUUCCCUCCCUCUCUUUUAUUUUUCUUUUUGUUUCUACUUUUCUCUCUUUCCUUUUUUUUUCUUUUUUGAGAAGCCACCUUAUCUAUUUUUAGACAUUUCAAAUUCCUAAAAUGUGAACUGCUGGGUGGUCUGCAAUUUGGCCCUAAAACAGCUCUGACUGGGCUUCCACGCCUGUUUUUAUCUGCACCAUAUGAUUCUGUUUCAUAAGAGCUUCAUGUAUUUGGACUGUAAUAAACAACACAGAAUCUAAGUAAUUCUAAAAAAUCUUUUCAAAUACACUUAUCCACAGUCUUGGGUCACUCCUUUCCAGAUUUUUGGCUCUUGUGAAAAGUUAUAGUAGGCUCUUGUUUUCACAACACAAGAGAAGGGCCAGGUCUGUGCUAGGAGAAGCUUACAUUGUUUUCUCCGGGAAACAUUUACUGGAUAAGAGGUUUAUUACUGUGUUAUAGUCAGUGAAUCACCUAAGUCAUCUGACAGAACUAAUGAGGGUGGUUGCCUGGGGGUCUUGUGGGUGUCCUGCUUCCCUUUUUAAAUGCAAAUGUAAGAAGGUAGGCGGAUAUAUACAUAAGCAGAUAGGUAUGUGCAUAUACAAAGAGACACAUAUAUUGUACAAUGUACAUAUAAAUGAACUCUGUUCUGACUUCCUUCUAAAUUUUGUUGAUCCCAUGUAAAGACUUCUUUUAUGGAAAAGAAAUAAUUUUAGCUUAUUCCUCAAGAGAAAGAGAAGGGUAAAGAGAAACAAUUAUUGUACCUUAUGUAUAUCACAAACAAACCAAAAUAUGAUACUCUUGUUUUGUUUCUUUCUAAAUUGUUGUAUUAUAGCUUUCUGAAACCAUUCUGAAUUUAGUUGAUAUUAUCAGUAUUUAUACUUCUAAGCUUUAUUUCUGGAUUCCAGCUUGCAAAUAAAUCUUUUGGGGGAGAAGGGGAGGUAACUUUGAAAAUUUGACUUUUAAACUUGCAUAUUCUAAGGGAAAUAAUACAGUCUAACCAGAAAUUUCCCAAAGGUUUUGAACCGAUUGCUAAUCAGUCUUUAUUAUUUCUAUUGCUCAUAUAUACAUAUGUCUUUGGUAUUACUUGGGCUGAAAAAAGUCUUUUUGUCUUUUAUGUUUGUCAUUGUUUCUGUCAUAUGAAUGACUAACUUUUGGUUGUUUAAUAAUUUAGGGCUUGUACAAUUAAAUUAAAAGUUCUAAUUUUUAACAUUUGGACUAAAAAAUUAUAUGAAGAAUUACAUAUGAAAUGUAUUUGUAUUCUUAAUUUGCAAAAGGAAAAAAUGUCAGUAAUAUAGCUCUAAUUACCUCUUUGAAGGAAAAUUCUCAAUGAUUGAAAACCAAGUAUCUUUAUUGUCAUUUUUCAACCUUAUGCUUCUGCAAACCACAGAAACCCCUUAGCCCCUGACUGCAGCUUCAGAGUCCUUCUUCGUGUUGUCCACAACUAUUUGGAUUUCUUUUUUAAAAGUCACUUAAGAAUGGCUACUCUCUGAGAUCUGGUGUGUGUACUGGAAGUGUAGGUUGCAGUUUUAAUUCAUGUGGAGAUUCUAAGUAGAGCAUUUCCUAUUCACCUGACUGUUGGUGAAGGGCUGGUGUCGGGUGAAGUUCAAGUGCUUAACUCCACUGAUUCUGAACUAGACCCUGACCACUCUGUGUGGCAGCGCAAUGACUGACUCUGGUAGAAGCUUGGCCGAGGGCUUCUGAGGGAAAAAUGAUGAGCCCACCCCCUGGUGACAGAGUGCCUCCCAGCCCUGAGCAGAAGGGACGGACGGAAGAAUGAGAUUGACCUGCCAUUUGCAUCUGUGACCCCCAAGGACUGUGUGUGUGUGUGUUGGCUCUCUUUGUUUGUUUGUUUAAUAAUGAUUAAAUAAUAC